CUGCUCAGCCGCCACUGCAAAAAAAAAUGCCACCUAUUAUUAUCUUCUCAUUCAUUACAUUUCUCUCACCAACUUAAGUUCCUGUCCUAAAUACCAUUUGGUCUUUUUUUUCUUUUACUCCUCUAGAUCUGUACUGUCCGUUGAUUCAUCAUGGCUUCACAUAAUUACUAGUUCUGUUCUGUCUGUGUGAUAAUUUUGGUAAGGAAAGAAAAAACGAGGGCUGUAAUCAAUUCGAUUGAUUUGAAGAUAUGGCAACUUUGAACCCUUUUGAUCUGUUGGGUGACGACGCAGAGGAUCCGAGCCAGAUCGCCGUCUCCAUCUCUGCUGAUAAGCCCAAGAAACCUGCACCUGUUUCCGCUAAGUCAUCUGCUCCGUCGAGGCAGCUUCCUCAACCUGUGAGAGAGGCUAGGAGUGAUGCUCCACGCGGCGGUGGACGUGGUGGUGGUGGAGACCGAGGAUCUAGCCGUGGUCGUGGUGGUUACAACCGUGAUUUUAGAGGCGGUGAUGGUAACAGUGGAGGAUACAAUAAGCCCUCUGAGGAAGGAGGCAUUUCAAAGCCUUUCUAUGAGAAACGUAGUGUAUAUGGCGGUGCUCCUCGUGGUGGUGGUCGACGUGGUGAAGCUGGUGAAGGUGAACGUCCUCGAAGGACAUACGAGCGUCGUAGUGGAACUGGCCGAGGGGGUGACUUCAAAAGGGAAGGAGCUGGUCGUGGAAAUUGGGGAACACCAGGAGAAGAAGUUCUUGUUGUGGAGACUGAAGAAGUUGCUGGUGCUGAGAUUGAGAAGCCUGCUGGUGAUGAGGUUGUUGCUGAUGCUAAGAAGGAGAACGCUGCUGAAGUCGAGGAGCAGAAAGAGCCUGAAGAUAAGGAGAUGACUCUGGAUGAGUAUGAGAAAAUACUUGAGGAGAAGAAAAAGUCUCUUCAGUCUCAGACCACCUCUGAGAGGAAAGUUGAUACGAAAGUGUUUGAAUCAAUGCAACAACUCUCAAACAAGAAGAAGUCUAACGAUGAAAUCUUCAUCAAGCUGGGUUCUGAUAAGGACAAACGCAAAGAUGACAAAGAAGAGAAGGCUCAGAAGGCUGUGAGCAUUAAUGAGUUUCUGAAACCAGCUGAGGGUGAGAACUACUACCGAGGAGGAGGCCGUGGUGGUGGUCGUGGAAGGGGACGUGGUGGUCGUGACCGUGGAGUUGUUUCUGGUGGUGGAUUUGAUGGUUACCGUAGUGAAGCUGCGCCUGCCAUCGGAGAUACUGCUCAGUUCCCAUCUCUUGGGGGCAAGUAAGAUCCAACCUUGGACACUCCUGCUGUCUCCUUCAGUUUUCCUCAUCAUGACUGAAGUGUUUCAUGCUGAGUGUUUGCUGGUCUGUUGUUGUCAGGUGUAAAUUGUUAGUUGUUGUCAGUUUUUAGAGUUUCUGAAAACUUAUGCCUGACCGGUCUUUUUUUUAACGUGUGGAACAAUAAUACCCUUUUCUAUUUUGGUUUUACCACUUAGUCUUUAUAGUUGUUUGUGAAAAGACAGACAGUUCUAAUGUUAUAUGCUUUGAGUCUU